AUGUCCUCCACUGCGUCUCUUGACGCUCCUGUCGCCCAAACGGUUGGUAGUUUGACCUCAGUCACCAACCCUCAGACUUCUCAUACCCAUCGUCCCAAGUACACCCACGCUACCGCUCAUGUCCCCAAUCGAGCGGCGCACUUCGACACUUCUCUUUCUGUCCCCGUUCGGAAGUACCUCCAGACCUAUGGUCUCACUCCUCCACGGGCAGAGAGUUAUGAGAUUCAGAAGAAGAGGUGUUUGGCACAAUUGGCGUUGAAGACCACGGAUCUUGAGAGGUUUCUCCACCUGAGCACCAUCAGGCACAAUAAUGUCCACUUGUUCUACCGCUUGUUGACCGACCACUUCACCGAGUUGACCCCUCUGGUCUACACUCCCACCGUUGGAGAAGCCUGUCAGAAAUGGUCCCAAAUCUACCAACAAGCUGAGGGCAUGUAUCUCAGCUUCGAGGAUCGAGGCCACCUUUCGGCUAUCAUCCAAAACUGGCCUCAAUCCAACGUUGAGAUCACCGUCAUUACUGACGGCUCCCGCAUCCUCGGUCUGGGUGACUUGGGAGUGGGCGGCAUGGGCAUUCCAAUUGGAAAGCUUGCAUUGUACACCGGCUGCGCAGGUAUUAGGCCGGAAGGCACCCUGCCGUUGACCAUCGAUCUGGGCACCAGCAACAAAGAGUUGCUCGAAGAUCCGUUGUACAUGGGCAGCCGGAGAGGCAAGGUCACAGCAGCGGAGGAGCAGGAAUUCCUCGAUGAGCUGAUGGCAGCGCUGAAAGAGCGUUGGCCCGACAUUGUCAUCCAGUUUGAAGACUGGAAGAACCCAUUUCCCUCCCUCGAGCGCUACCGCCAAGACUAUGCCAUGUUCAACGACGACAUCCAAGGGACUGGCGCUGUCAUAAUGGGAGGCAUGAUUGGUGCCAUCAAGGAGUCCGGUCUUGCGCCCAGAGAACACCGUGCCGUUUUCCUGGGAUCUGGAUCAGCUGGCGUUGGCGUCGCCAAGCAGAUCGUCGACUACUUCAUGCAUGAAGGACUGACCGAGGAAGAGGCCAAAUCUUGUUUCUGGCUCGUCGACAGCAAGGGCCUUGUAACUCAAGACCGGGGCGACAAGCUCGCUGAACACAAGAUCUACUUCUCUCGAACGGACAACAACGGUCAACAAUUUAAGACCUUGGAUGACGUUCUUGAAUAUGUCAAGCCCACCAUUAUCAUGGGUCUCAGCACGAUUGGAGGCGCGUUCACCCCCGAGAUCCUGCAAAAGAUGGCGAAGUGGAACGAGAGGCCGAUCAUCUUCCCACUAUCCAACCCGUCUUCCAAGUCCGAAUGCACUUUUGAGGAGGCGAUCGUCCAUACGGACGGCCGAGCACUGUUUGCUUCUGGCUCUCCUUUCCAUCCCGUCAUGCACAAAGGCAAGAUGUACCAUGGAGGUCAAGGAAACAACAUGUACGUGUUCCCGGGCAUCGGCCUUGGGACCAUUCUAUCCAAGGCCGUCCAAGUCACGUCCAACAUGAUCUAUGCUUCUGGCGAAGCUUUGCCGACCAUGAUCACCGAGGAGGAGAAAGACAAGGCUUUGCUGUACCCUUCAGUUACACGCAUUCGAGAUGUGAGUGCUCGCGUCGCGUUGUACGUCAUCCGAGCGGCGCAGAAAGACAAUGUGGACCGUCUGCACCAUCUGCGCGAUAUGAGCGACAGCCAGUUGGAAGCAUGGAUCAAGGGGAAAAUGUAUGAUCCACACAAGGAGACUCAGGAGCUGGAGAAUGAGGUCCAAAACCUUGUCCAAGAUUUCAUGACCACACCAAAGUUGUGA